UAUGGAAUUCACGACCAUAUAAAGGUGUCAACUGAACAGACUUUGGUCAAACCUUUUUGAAAAUUUAGACAGCACGGAUUGAACGUUAGUAUCUAGUACUGCUAUCUAUUGUUCGAAUAUCUUGCGGAUUACAUACCGGUCAUCAAAAUGAAAGCUGGACUAACUCUCGUCCUCCUCGCUGGCAUAAUCGCCUUCAGUUCUGGACAAUCCACCCCAAGCUGUAUCGGACUAGCGAAUGGAUAUACUUUCAACAAUCCUUUAGUCACUGCUUACUACUACCUUUGUUUGGAUGGGGUACCUGUCCCCAUGCAAUGUCAAACUGGAUAUAUUUUCUGCACUGGGGAUACAGCCUGUACGAAAGGUACAACUUGUCCGGCUGCAACUACUACAACGACAACAACAACAACAACGACAACAACAACAACAACCACUCCGAAACCUACAGUACCGACAACAUCUGUGGAUUGUAGUAAAUAUCCUAAUUUAAGUUUGUUCGAGGAUCCAAACAAUUGUAACGGAUAUUACAUGUGUUUGGAUGGAAAGCCGAUUUCUGGAAAAUGUCUAAACAACUUUGCCUUUGAUAAGACCACGGGAACAUGUUCCUCAGAUCCUUGCACGUCAUAGAGACAGGAGCAGGUGAAAACUGGGUAACCAAAAGUGGUUUUCCCUAUACACUUCCUUGUUGGAAAGUGCAGGUUUCGACUGAAAACCAAUAAAUUUGCAUUGUAUCGAAUUUUCAAAAUAGUAUUAUUGUGUUAGGCCUAAGUUCAUACUGUGAAGGAAAUAUACCAGAUAAAAGAGAAAGCCAAAA